UGUAUGUGGGUAUCAGCGGUUUCCCACCUUCCCUUCUUUCUGGCAAAAUGGGCAGGGGUCCUGAUAAUGUACCUGGGACUGGUGGCCUGUGGACUUGUGUUCAUCCAGGCAGUCUUUAGAACAAUUGCAGUUCUUAAGUUUGAUUGGUAUAUGGAACUAGACCCCUGCAACACGGUUAGAAGAAUUCUCUUCUCUCUUCUUAUCAUAUACCUUCCCUUUGUUUUAAUUCCUCUCUUUCUGAAUCCAGAUUAUGUGACCCUUCAUGUUGCAUACCUUACUGGUCUGGAUCAAAGCAAAGAGGUCAAUGUAGAAACAAUGAUUCAUCUGGUGAAUGUGUCAAUCACCUUCACCUUUCUAGUCAUAUCCUUCCAAUUUAACAAAUAUUACAUCAAAAAGAAUCAUAGAGGCAAUAUCAUCAUUACAGAACACGAACAGUACAAACAUCUGAUCAAUAUCAAGAGUUUGAUCUCUACUUUUGCACUCGGAGUAGGUCUCAUUCUUGUUCUGAUUCUAGUUCAAAAUUACUAUAAAGAAAAAUCUCCAGUCCCUGGCCUUCUUGUUUGUGCCAUUAACACCUUCAUCAGCUACACUUAUUCAAGAAACCCCAAAGUUGUAUCUUACUUCAAGCUUUAUCUAAGACAACAUAAGGAGGCACCUAGAUUGUGGCUCAGCAUCAUGCUUCAUAGUCCCGUCAAAGUCCUACCCCUUCAAGAAUCUUCAACUCUAACUUUACACAAGCCUGUAUCUCUUCCUGUGCCUCAACUUGUGGGUCCAGCUCAUCCAACUCCUUCAGCUCAUCCAGCCCCUCUAGGUCCUCCAGCACAACUAAGAUGCCUUCGAUGGGACACUCCUCUUGUUGAACCUAGGCAUAGUUCUUCAACUCAACUGAGUUUUGUAAGAUUUCCUCAGUAUAUGAUAGCAUCUCAACCAGAGCUUACAAUUAAAACUGUGUCUGACUUUGUUGCUCCUGUCCAUGGAGUCAAGCAUCUUAAUUCUACUGAUCUUGUUGCUCCACCACAUGGUCCUGUUCACGGAGCUAGGCAAAUCAAUUCUACUGAUCUUGUAUCUCUACCCUGCAGUGCUCCUGUUCAUGGAACCAAGUAUCUCAAUGGUACUGGUCUUAUUACCGUAGCCCAUGCUCCUGUUCAUGGAGCUGAACAUUACACUGCUACCGGUCUUGUUACUUUACCCCAGGCUCCUGAUCAUGGAGCCAAGCAUCUCAAUGGUACUUGUCUUGUUGCUCCUUACCAAGAACCUGAAACUCCUCCUAGUGUAUUGCCCCCUGUAAAUUUAUUCCUAAUCUAGAGACGUUUGUUUUCCUUCUCUCUUCCUUGUCUGAUUCUCUAUAAUUGCCUUGUAAGAAUAAUAAUCCAGACAAAAAAGUAUUUAACAUGAAGUUUCUGAUACAACGGCUAGACCUAUAAUUCAUAAUAAACUUAGUUUUAUUAUAAAUUAUAUUAUUAUCUCUGAGUCGAUCUGGACUACAGUUAAUGACUAAUGUUUGUGAAAAAUUUGCUAGUCUUCAUCAGUUAAAAUGUAGCACAAAUGUAGAUGUAGACCAAGAAUGGAAAUUACCCAUUCUUCAUGAAUUACUUAAAGUUAGAGAAGAUAAUAUGUUCCGACUAGAAACUAUAUCUAUAUAUUAUA